AUGAAGAACAGUGAGAUGAGACCUCCAGGAUCAGCACCAUUACCAGAAGCUCACAAAGCUGAAAAGAAAGAUCCCAAAGAAAGCAACCACGUUUAUAAUAAGAGAAGAACACAUGGCAGAGGCCGUGGUGGGUACAAGGGACGUGGUGGCUGUGACAAUUAUGCUUAUGGCCGUGGAUAUGGAAACCACAAUAACUGUGGUCGUGGUUCCAACUAUGGCCGUGGAAGAGCCAAUUUUGGCCGCGAGAGUCUUAAGAACAAGAACCCAGAAGCUCAUAUGGUUCACGACAAUGGGUAUGAUGCUGAUGAUGAUUUCGACCGUGAAAAGGAUGAUCCAAUGGAUCAUGAGACAUCAGAUUAUCUUAAAGACUAA